CUUUUCUUUUCUUUUAUGAGAAAUCAAACUUCUGAAUUUAUUGCUUCGAUGACCAAUAUGUCGACUGAACGUGUGGAAAAGCGAUAUGAUGAUAGGAUAGGGGAAUAUAGUGACCCAUCAUCAUAUAGAUACUUAGUACUCACUAAUAAAAUGAAAGUUCAUUUAAAAAGCAAUCCAACAACUAAUAAAAGUGCUGCUGCAAUGAACAUUAAUGCAGGCUCUAUGUGCGAUCCAGAUGAUCUACUUGGAAUAGCACAUUUUUGUGAGCAUAUGUUGUUCCUAGGAACGAAAAAAUAUCCUCAACAGAAUGAUUUUAAUCAAUUUCUGUCACAGAAUGGUGGUACAAGUAAUGGAACAACAUAUUUAGAUCACACCAUCUAUUAUUUCGAUAUAGCUACCGAGAUGUUGAAAGGCGCUUUAGAUCGUUUUGCUCAAUUUUUCUUGACGCCUCUCUUUACGGAGAACUUGACUGAGCUAGUAGUAAAUACUAUAAAUUCAGAAUAUGAGAACAAUUUAGCUGAUGAUUCGUGGCGAUUUUGUCAAUUAAUCAGGUCAACUGCGAGCUCAGAUCAUCCAUUUUCGAAAUUCGACAUAGGAAAUAGAGAAACAUUAGAUACAAUACCGAAACAAAAGGGCAUUAAUGUUCGAAAUAAACUGUUAGAGUUUUAUGAAAAGUAUUAUUCUGCAAAUAUUAUGUCACUAUGUGUUUGUGGCAAAGAGAGUUUAGAUGAACUUGAAAAUAUGGUAGUGGAUCUGUUUUGUGAGGUACGAAACAACGAAAUUGAAGUUCCAAUAUGGCCUGAACAUCCAUUCAAGGAUGAACAUUUCCGCACUAUGUGGUACAUUGUUCCAAUAAAGGAUAUAAGAUAUUUAGACAUUUCGUUUCCUUUACCAGACAUGCGUCAACAUUACCGGUCUUCGCCCGAACGUUACGUUUCUUAUUUGCUUGAACAUAAAGGAGAAGGCUCAUUAUUAUCGGCUUUGGAAGCUAAAGGAUGGUGUUAUGACUUUAUUACAGCCGGCUUACAUUAUUUCGCCAGAGGCUUCAGUACUUUCAAUAUUCGUGUCGAUUUGACCGAAGAAGGUAUUAAGCAUAUUGAAGAUGUUGUUCUACUGGUGUUUCAAUAUAUCAAUAUGCUUAGGUUGAAAGGACCAAUCAAAUGGUUUUACGAUGAAUAUCAAGAUAUUGACAAUAUACAGUAUCGAUUUGGAACAAUGUCUCCGCCUCUUACUUAUGUGAAAUGGUAUGUUCAAGAGUUGCAAACAAUUUUCAUGAAUGAAAUUUGUUCGGCGGGCUCUGAAUGGCAGCCGGACUUAAUCGAAGAAAUAAUGGGAUAUUUGAUCCCGCAAAAUAUUAUGAUUUAUAUAACUGCAAAAGCAUAUGAAAAUAUAACUGAUGAAAUUGAAAGUUGGUAUGGCACUAAAUAUAAGAAAGUGAAAAUAUCCGAGGAAAUAAUGAACACAUGGAAUUCUCCUGGUUCUAAUGACGACUUGAAAUUGCCUCUUAAGAAUGAAUUUAUAGCAACUGCAUUUGAUAUCAAGCCACAAACUAACGUAAUUAAAAAUUUUCCCAUUAUUUUGGAGGAUACAUCAUUUAUAAGACUUUGGUAUCAAAAAGACGAUGAAUUUUUUGUGCCUAAAGCUAAGAUGAUCUUCGAUUUCUUCAGUCCAUUUGCUUCUAUGGAUCCCCUUAGUUACAAUUACACUAGUAUAUUUACUUAUCUGUUUCGUGAUUCUCUUAACAAAUAUACAUAUCUUGCUCAUUUAGCUGGUUUAAACUGGGAAUUUAAUAGUUCUAAAUAUGGUAUAACACUCUCUAUAGAUGGUUAUGAUGACAAACAACGUGUGCUGUUAGAAAAAAUCAUGGAUCGAAUGAUAAAUUUUAAAGUUGAUCCGAAGAGAUAUGAAAUCUUAAAGGAAAAAUAUAUCAGGGACUUGAAAAAUUUAGCUGCUGAAAAGCCUGAUCGUCGUGCUAUCAGGUAUCUUACGGACCUAUUAACAAAGAAAACUUGGCUCGACGAAGAAUUACUGGAAGCUACUACCUAUUUAAAUGUCGAGGGACUCCAGCAGUUUAUACCACAGCUAUUCUGUAAUGUGCACGUCGAGUGCUUAAUACAUGGUAAUGUGACUGUAACGGAAGCUACAGAUAUACUUAAACUAAUUGAGUCUAAGUUGACAACUGGAGUGCCCAACAUAAUACCCUUGUUAGAACAGCAACUAAUAUUGCCCCGUGAAAUUAAACUAGAAAAUGGUUGCCACUUUCUGUUUGAAGUAGAAAGCAAUAUUCAUAAAAAUUCUUGUACAUUGGUAUAUUAUCCAACUGGUUUACAAUCAACAGAGUCGAAUAUGCUCUUACAGCUCUUAGCACAAAUUGUUAAAGAACCUUGCUAUGAAACUUUAAGAAAUAAGGAACAAUUAGGUUAUACAGUAUCUAGUGAUGCAAGUCAAUGGUAUGUAGCACAAGGCUUGCAUAUCGUUGUAGAAAGUGACAAACACCCGCAAUAUGUCGAAAAACGGAUAAAUUUAUUUUUAGACUCCAUGUUGAAUCACAUAUCUACUAUGACAGAAGAACACUUUGAAGAAAAUAAGAAUGCUUUAGCUGUAUUACUUUUGGAAAAAGAAAAAAAUUUGACUGAUAAGUGUGACUUGUACUGGUAUGAGAUUAAAACCCAACAAUAUAACUUCGAUCGAGACAAUAUUGAAAUGGCUUACUUAAAGACGAUAUCACGGCAGCAAUUACUUAAUUUUUUUAAGGAAAAUGUACAUAGUAAGGAUCGAUGUAAAUUGUCGAUACAUAUAAUAUCCACGUUAUCGGAAAGGAGCUCAUUUGAUAGCAUAAUUGAAGAAACGGCCAAUUUAUCAAUUGAUGAUGAAGUCAAGAAGAUCGACGAUAUUUUGUCAUUUAAAAAUAGUCAAUCUUUCUAUCCUCUUCUUAAACCGCUUGAAAUAUGUUUUCUCGGGAAAGGAGCCCUUUUAAGUUAUAAAAAAUGUUACGAGGUUAUAGCGAAUUAAGCGAAUGAAUUUACUUACGU